AUGCGAAGUCCUCCGGGAGAGAACAGCAAUUCAACCGGUGGUAUUCAUCUCAAAGCGUGUGAAUUCCACGUACCAUUGGAAACUCAGCCCCAUACUUCUUCGUUCAUACGUGAUCGACAGUCCUCUGAGUAUACGGACGUCAACGACUCGUUAUGCACGCACGUAACCACGACACUAGAGACCAGACUGUUGCAAUUAGCUCAAAUCGAUCCUCUUCUCCCCGAUGGCUAUGAAUCGGAGAUACUGGAAGUCAACGAAGAAUCGGAUUCGCAGGGAAGGAAGUAUUCGGACACCGAGAUUCCCAACUGGAUGGGGCGGCGGCUGAGCUAUUUUUUCAUGUCACCAAUGCAGAAGUUCCGUGCCAAGGGACAGAUUCCAUACAAGUUAUUUGUACAACUGAUUAAAGUGGUGGCGGUCACGAUCCAGGUGAGUCGAGCGUCAAGCAACAGAUUGGUUAUUCAGGAGAUUGAUUACCGACUUUGCCCUAUAGACUGUGUCAACCAAAGUCCGCAUGAAUUGGAAAAAUAUUCACCACUAUACAGAAUCAUCAACUCCAAUAUCGACAGCAUGACAUCAGUCUUCAACACUGAUUCUUCGCUGCCGUACAACCAUGACUUAUUUGAGAGCCUUAUUGUAAAGAAAAGAGUAAAGGUGGACAGGGAAGGGACUUAG